AGGGGCCGGGCCUGUCCCCGCGGCGGCCCCGGGGCAGCGCGGAGCUCGAGCAGGGCCCAGCCGGCGGCCGAGGCCGCGGUGAGCCGGGACCUGGGGCUGUGGUCGCCGACGGCGCGAUGGCCAUGGUGCCCUACGAGGAGGGAGGCGGCUGGGCAGCGCGGCAGCUGCACAGGCCUUCGGCCACCUUCCACUUCGCCAGCCGCACCAUCCGCCUCCAGCAGGACUGGCGGCGGCUGGGGGUGGCGGCCGUGGUCUGGGAUGCGGCUGUUGUCCUGUGUGCUUAUCUGGAGAUGGAAGGCAUUGAUCUCAGGGAUCGGUCUGUGAUUGAGCUGGGAGCUGGAACUGGAUUGCUGGGAAUAGUGGUCACAUUACUAGGUGCCCGUGUUACCAUCACAGACAGGGCGGCAGCACUGGAGUUCCUGGAGUCAAACGUGCAGGCAAACUUACCCCCUGAACUACGUCCCAGAGCUGUGGUGAAGGAGCUGACAUGGGGAAAAGACCUGGAUAACUUCCCUCCAGGAGCAUUUGACUUCGUCCUGGGUGCAGACAUUGUUUAUUUGGAAGAAACAUUUGCAGAACUGCUUCAGACGCUGGAGCACCUGUGCUCAGAGCAAACUGUGAUUCUUCUUUCCUGUCGUAUCCGCUAUGAACGGGAUCUCAAGUUCUUGAAGAUGCUGAGAGACCGUUUCUCUGUAUACGAGGUCCAUUAUGAUUCCAGUAAGGAUGUUCAUAUCUACAAAGCACAGAGGGGUAGUCGCAAGGAUGACUUUUGACUCUGUGCUUUGUUAAUAACCCACGGAUGCUGUUCAAUUCUUCCCUUUGUUUCUACUCAAUACACUCGUUCCUAAGCAUGAA